ACCCGGUGAAACUACUGCGCAUGCGUGGGCCUCCAGGUCGGCCGCCAGGGGGCGCGUAGGUGCCGCUCUAGCCCGCCAGGAGCCAUUUUAGGAGUCUCGCAAAGGACGACGGGACGCAGGGGCGGGGCUGGCCGGCAAGAUGGCGGCGCCCAUGGAAGUGGCGGUGUGUACGGACUCCGCGGCGCAGCUGUGGAGCUGCGUGGUGUGGGAACUUCAUUCGGGCGCCAACCUGCUCACCUACCGCGGCGGCCAAGCGGGGCCGCGGGGCCUGGCGCUGCUCAAUGGCGAGUACCUGCUGGCGGCUCAGCAAGGCAAGAACUACAUCUGCGCCUGGGAGCUGCAGCGCAAGGACCAACUCCAACAGAAAAUCAUGUGUCCUGGGCCGGUCACCUGUCUGACCACAGCACCCAAUGGCCUGUAUGUCCUGGCAGGAAUUGCAGAGAGCAUCUACCUGUGGGAGGUCUCCACUGGGAACCUCCUGGUCAUCCUCAGCCGUCACUACCAGGACGUGUCGUGUCUUAAGUUCACUGGUGACAGCAGUCACUUUGUCUCAGGGGGCAAGGACUGCCUGGUGCUGGUCUGGAACCUCUGCAGUGUGCUGCAGGCAGACCCCUCCAGGAUCCUCGCCCCAAGGCAUGUCUGGUCCCACCACACGCUCCCGAUCACAGACCUGCACUGCGGUUUCGGAGGCCCCAUGGCCCGGGUGGCCACCGCUUCGCUGGAUCAGACCAUGAAGCUCUGGGCCAUCUCCUCGGGAGACCUGCUUCUGUCUGUCUUGUUUGACGUGGGCGUCACUUCUGUGACCAUGGACCUGGCUGAGCAUCACGUGUUCUGUGGCGGCAGCGACGGUUCCAUCUUCCAGGUCGACCUGUACAGCUGGCCAGGACAGAGAGAGCACAGCUUCCGGCCCGAACAGAACACGGGGAAGGUCUUCAAGGGGCACAGGAACCAAGUGACGUGCCUGUCGGUGUCCACGGAUGGCAGUGUCCUCCUCUCGGGCUCCCAGGACGAGUCGGUGCGUCUGUGGGACGUGAAGAGCAAACAGUGCCUCCGGACAGUCACCCUCAAAGGUCCGGUGACCAAUGCCGCCAUCGUGCUGGCCCCGCCCAGCAUGCUGAACCCUGAAUUCAGGCCCAGCCUGCCCCUGCCCCACUUCAACAAGCACCUGCUGGGUGCCGAGCAUGGAGAUGAGGCCCAGGGUGGGGGCCUGCGCCUGCAGCUGGGGCUCCACCUGCAGGGCACUGAGCAGACCUACCUGGAGCGGCUGGAGCGGCUGCAGGCGGUGCUGUCCGGCUACAUGGCGAAGAACAUGCUGGGCAAUCAGAUGCUGCCAGCGCGUGUGUUGGAGCUGGAGGAGGAGAUGCGCAGUCUGCGCAAGAUCAACAGGGACCUCUUCGACUUCUCCACGCGCAUCAUCACGCGGCCCUCCAAGUGACAGAAACACUUGCCGUCGGCCUGUGGGCUGGUGUUUAAACAAAGAAUGGACAAACAA